AUGGCCGCAGUCCUCAUUACAGGCGCCACCGGGAAACAAGGCGGCUCCUUGAUCAAGAAUCUAGUCUCCCGUAAUUCGCCCUUUGAGAUCUUAGCUGUCACCCGAAACAAAGCGUCCGGCUCAGCACAACGCCUCUCCAGGCUAUCACCCAACAUCCGGCUCGUCGAAGGGAACUUGAACGAUCCAGCGGGUAUAUUCAAGAAUGCGCGCAGUUUGACCAAGAACCUGAUAUGGGGUGUAUUUAGUGUUCAGGUGGCAAUCGGCAACAGCGCCUCCGAAGAACCCCAAGGCAAAGCCCUAGUCGACGAAUCGCUCAAACAAGACGUCAAAUUCUUCAUAUAUAGCUCCGUCGACCGCGGAGCAAACUCCUUUGAGAAUCCCACCAAAGUUCCGCACUUUAUCAACAAGCAUAACAUCGAGCACUAUCUCGUCGAGAAGACCAAGAAUACGGAAGUGCAAUGGACAAUUCUCCGUCCCACCGCUUUCUAUGAGAACCUCGUCCCUGGAUUUUUUGGGAAAGUCUUCAUGACAUCCUUUGAUAUGGCGCUGAAGGGAAAGCCACUUCAACUGGUCGCGACUAGUGAUAUUGGAUAUUUUGCAGCAGACGCAUUUCUAAAGCCUGAGGCGAAGCAGGUAUUCGAGGCGAAUACUGGGCAGUCCGUUCCGCGGACAUUCCGGUUUCUUUGCUCUAUGUUUAUGGCUUCAAUGAAGGAUAUGGGGUAUAUGUUCAAGUGGUUCCAUGAUGAAGGAUAUAAGGCCAACAUCUCGGAGUUAAAGAAAGUGCAUCCUGGUUUAAAGGACUUUGCGGAAUGGCUGAAGACGGAGAGCGCUAGUUUAGACGUGGCAGUCUGUGAAGUGGUAUAG